GAUCCCGGCGCCUGCGCUGGCGGAGCCAUUUCGUUUCCUUCCCUUAAAAACAAACCCGAGAUCAGUGAUCUCGGCUGUUUGGUCCGUAAGUCAGGACAGUAGAUCUAAAUCGACCCACCCAUCCCGCGUUGCCCAGCUUGCAAAAGCCUGGCAGAGUGGGAUCGCGGCCGAGAGUCAGUCGGUGGGUGGGUGGGUGGGUCCAAAAAAAUCUGCUUUCUGGCUGGCUUGCUUGGUCCCGGUGCGGUCGGAUCCCGCGGAGGGCUGGAUCCCGAGUCUGAAAAUGGUCACGGUUAUAGAAUAGAAUAGAAUAGAAUAGAAGGGUGCAGAAGCCUUUUGGAAAGGCGGAAAGCCGGUGAAAGCGGAGAUCUCACCGAAUGUUCAACCGGGUGAAUUGCAACCUCUCUUUGUGAUGAUGCCGGUUGGUGGUUGUUAAGGGCUUAACGCUUGCACCGCCCCAGGCGCGGAAUCCUUGGACGUCAGUGUGUAAUCCGAACGUGGGAAACACGUGGCCUUCCAGGUGUUAACUCAGCCCCCGCAUCCGAUGUCGGCUGACUUCUUGUAGUUAAGAGUUUAGUAGCAUCUGGAAGGAUCAGGUGCCUUGGAGGGACCACCCGAGCAUCUCUUCCUCUCGUCCCUUGUUGCUCGAGGGAGUUCUGAAACAAUCCUCAGGACCUCCGAUUGACAAGACGAUGUUUUAACGUUUUGCUCUUGCAAUAGGCGUUGUAUUUAAUUGGUUAUGCGUUUACAAACAUUAAUAUAUUAUAUCUUGUUAUAUUAUUGCUUUUGGAAAUCAGAUUUGAUUUGGUGAACCAGUGAAAUAAAGUACACGAAGCAGCUUCAACAGAAUGCUGUUGUCAUGAUAUAGUUUUUUAAAUCAAAUUAGAUUUCUAUGUCAGAAGUUUUAAGAUUUCAAGACAACAAAGUAUUCCCUCCAAUUUUAUUCCCUCAACAAUUCUGAGAAUAUUGUAGGAUGGGCUGGGAGAUAAUAGCAGCCAAGAGAGAGCUAGGCUGAAGAUGAACUUGAAUCGUAGUCUUCCUGUCUUAGUCUAACUAAUACAACCAUUGACUUUAUAGUGAAUAAGCCUAAAACACGUUUUGGAAUUAUUUUGUUUAUUGCUUAGACACAGCUGUCAUUAACAGUAACACAUAUUUUGUUUUUACAUACAGGAUGAAGAACUUGGAGAAAGAAAAGUUUAAUAGUUUCAUAUUUGAGAGAUGUGAAAAUGCCAGCAGUUGAGAGCGAAGCCAAAGCGAAAACUAAGGUUCGUUUUGAAGAAAUAUUCAGGAAUCAUGCUGGUCUAAUUGAGAAAAGAAAAGUUUAAUAGUUUCAUAUUUGAGAGAUGUGAAAAUGCCAGCAGUUGAGAGCGAAGCCAAAGCGAAAACUAAGGUUCGUUUUGAAGAAAUAUUCAGGAAUCAUGCUGGUCUAAUUGAGAAAAAGAAAAUUAAAAAGAAACAGUUAAAUGUCCCAGAGAAUAUUGUGCUGGAGACAUUAAAAAAUCAUCUGACCAAAGGAAGCGAAAACGAGCCCAUUAUCAACAGCACAUAUAACCCUGAGGAAAGAAGUCCACAGAUCCCAAAACGUACGUUGAGAGAUAAAGCAUCAAUUGAAGAAAAAACAAAUGAUGUUAGCGGAGAGGAAAGCAAGCAAGUUGGGCUUAAGAAGAAGAAAAAGGCAGCCCUACAGAAACAACUUAAUGAGGAAGAAACGAUAUCUGAAACGAAGUUACACUGUUCUGAAAAACAGAUUCAAGUUUUUACAAAGAAAAAAGCAGACAGCGUUUUGCAGGCAGAUGCAGUUCAUUGGAAAGGUGACACCAACAUGAAAGUUGCCUUGAGUGGACUACGAGACAGAUCUGAAUUAGAUGAGGAAGAAGAACAGUUAAUUCAAGCCUAUGAACAGCAAGUGGCUGAGGAGGAAGCAAGUGCAAUUAAGAAAAAAAUAAAAAAGAAACUUAAAGAACAGAUGUCUGAAUUCAUUCCCAGCGCUCAAAGCCAUGAAACAGUAUUGAACAAUGAAGUGAGAAAAAAGAAGAAAAAGAAAAAAGAAGUACCGGUUUCUUCUGAAUCUCAAACAAGUGCAAUGUUCCUGACUGAAUUACAACAUGAGCCAGAGGAAGAAAAUACCAGGAAAAAGAGAUCUUUGGAAAGACCAUUUGUAUCCAAAUCUAAAGAAGGUGAUCUGUUAAUAGAGCAGGAAACGAAAGGCAAAAAAGCAAAAAGAAAAUCCCCAAAAGCUCUAGAAGAAGAUACUGAAAACAUGACAGAAAAUGCCUUACACGUGACUUCUGGGAAUCUUUCACCGGAAUCAAAACCUGGUUUUGAUGAUAACCUUGUUUUAGGGGUUUACAUCCAUCGAACUGAUCGACUUAAAACUGAUUUUAUGGUAUCCCAUCCAAUGGUUAAGGUUCAUGUAAUUGAUGAGAAAACUGGUUUAUAUGUGAAGAAAGAGAAUAGCAAUCGACAAGUUUCAUCCUUCUAUGAACAAGAGAAAGUGGGGCAUAUUCUUCCUAUUAUGACCCAGCCUUACGAUUUCAGACAGUUUAAAUCAACACUACCAGAAUGGGAGGAGCAAAUACUAUUCAAUGAACGUUUUAACUAUUUUCUCCAAGAUGCUGAAGGGAGCCCCAAAGUAAUUCUGUUUUUUGAGAUCCUUGAUUUUUUGAGCAUGAAUGAUGCAAAGGCCAACUUUGAUAUUCAAGCUCAGGAAAGCGGCUUUCGGAAAAUCUGUUGGGCAUUUCUAAAGCUUGUUGGUGCAAAUGGAGUUCUGAAUGUUGGUGGAAAAGUACGGCUUCAGUUGUAUUCUCCUCCUUCAAGGACCAGGUCACAACUUCACGUGGUGGAAGUUUAUGACUGGUGGGCAAAGUGUCCUAGAAACAAUUACCCUUCAACAUUGUAUGUGACUGUAAAAGGCAUUAAACUUCCCGAUCACGUAAACCCUUCUUUGCGAUCUAUGAUGGCUAUUCAGCAAGAAUAUCAUAGCACAUCGUUCUUGGAUCUACAAAAUGAUAUAUCCAAAACAAUAUUGAAUUCUGGAACUCAAGUGAAAAAGGAAGAACCAUUUAAGUGGUCAAAACUUCCUGGACAGGUGUGUCGAUUGCCAAACAAGUACCUUUUUUCCUUGAAAGCAGGAGAUAUGGGAUGUUUCUGUAUUCGUUUCUCUGAAGAUGGACGGACAUUAGCAGCAGGUUGCGCAGGAAGAGAUGGUUAUCCCGUUGUUUUGUAUGAGAUUCCUUCAGGGUGCUACCUAAGGGAGUUCUAUGGACAUCUGAACAUUGUGUAUGAUCUUUGUUGGUCAAAGGAUAAUCAGCAUCUUCUUACUGCUUCCUCAGAUGGCACUGCAAGAAUGUGGAAAAUUGAAGCCCAGGCUACAUCCGCCACCAAAGUUUUCCCACAUCCUUCAUUUGUCUAUGCUGCAAAAUUCCACCCAGUAGCUGAGUACCUCGUUGUAACUGGAUGUUACGAUUCUGUGAUUAGAGUCUGGAAUGCAAAAGUAAAGGAGAUUCACGGGCAGCUUUUACAAGAAUUUGAUGGUCACAAAAGUUAUAUCAAUACUUUGUGUUUUAAUGCUGAAGGAUUUCACAUGUUUUCUGGAGAUGGCACAGGGUUAAUAAUUAUCUGGAAUACUUUUGUUAAAGAAAAUUCUCAAUCACCAAUUCAGCACUGGGGCAUUGAUAAGGAAAUAAAUGAUGGUAACAUUAAAGGAACAGCAAUAAAUUAUUUGGAGGUACAUCCAAAUGGAAGGCGUUUACUUAUCCACACCAAGGAUAGUACUGUAAGACUUAUGGAUCUUCGAAUCUUAGCUACUAAGAAAUAUAUUGGUGCUACAAACUAUCGAGAAAAAAUUCAUAGCACUUUAACACCAUGUGGAACAUUCCUCUUAUCUGGAAGUGAAGAUGGUGUAGCCUAUGUUUGGAAUUUAGAAACAGGUGAUCAAGUAGCUAUGUAUUCUGAUCUUUCUUUCACUUCCCCGCUUCGUGAUGUUGCUUUCCAUCCGCUUGAACAUAUGGUGGCAUUUUGUGCCUUUGGUCAAAACCAGCCAAUCCUUGUAUACAUUUAUGAUUACAAAGUGGCCAAGCAGGGGAUUGAGGCAGUAAAGGAAUUGAGUGGAUCCCAACUAACCAAGUCCCCCAGAAGCCCACAGACUCUCAGCAUGUCUGCCAGUGUUCCUGCCCAGAAGAAUCUGAUGAUAUCAUCAGCUGACCAGUUUGCAAAUGUUGCAAGAAUAUCAAUGAGGAUGCAAAAGGUCAAGCAAAAGCUGGAUUCUGUUAUGGCCAGUUCCAGUCCAAUGCUUCCUAGUCAAUCUCUGCUACCACCACACUCCAGAUUAAGACUGACAAACAAUCUAGGCAGCUUCAUCCCAAUAGGAAAUGCUUUCAGCCAAACACCAUCAACCGGACUACACUUGAGCACUAAUUUUACAGCUUCAUCAUAUGCCAGAGGAGAUGCUAAUUCAAUCUCUGCCCAGGAAACAGUAGUGGCUCUUUAUGACUACACAGCACAUCGAUCAGAUGAGCUAACCAUCCACUGCAAUGACAUUAUCCAAGUGUUGUACAAAGAUAAUGAUAACUGGUGGUUUGGCAGUCUGGCGAAUGGACAACAAGGCUAUUUUCCAGCCAAUUAUGUGGUUGGAGAAACACAAUAUGAACAACAGCAGUCUAAAAUAUUAGCAGAAGAAUCUACUCUUCCAUCCAAAGAAUUUAUAAAAGUAACAUCACCAGCAGUGCCUGAGAUGUUAGCAGAUGCCAGCAAGUUGGGAGACCAAAGAUUUAUUUCAGUGAAUGACACAGACUACCUGGCUGAACAAAUUACAUGUGGGCAAAGACAGAAGGGCAUGGAUACAGAGGAACAAGAAUAUAAGGCAAAUGAUCACAUCCCAUUCAAUGAUGUCGAGGAUGAGCCUAAGAAAAACAGGAAGAAAAGAAAGAAAGGGAUGGCGAAAACUACUAGUAGAAAGGGAACCUCUGAUGAUAGCUUCCAGCUGAACUAUCCAGAAGCAUAGUGUCCAUCAUGUUUGUGGCUGUGAGUUUCAUGGCUUAAAAGUACAUGGAAAAUAAUGGAAUGAUUGCUUAUUUUGAAAUAAUGAUCUCAUGUAUUUGAAAUAUAUAUAUAUAUAGACUAACUCUAAACUAAUUUAGAUUUAUCAUGAUGUGGGGAGGCCAAACAACUAAGGGGAAAAAUAUGUUCUGAAAGUUCCAGUGAAACUCAACAUGAGUUAAAAUUUUAACAGUGAUAGGGUUUAGACCAAUUUGGAUAUACCUCGCUGUCUGAAAUUAAUGAAAUAUCCAGAAUUUUAUUAAAGCUCUUCAGGUGACUGAAACAAAGCAGUCCAGUUUUCUAAAAGUGGAAUACCAUUAUGGGUAAAGACAUGAGCUUAAAGUUUCUUUUAAUCUACAAAGAAAAACCAACUAGCUUAAUUGUGAUAGAAACAUUCUAUUCUAGAAAGUCUUAAAGAAUGCAAUAUUAAAUACUUGUAUCUGAUUGUGAUGAAAGAGUUUAAACUUAAAGGUUAUCAGUUCAGUGUGAUUUUAUUAUUCCUGCUAUACACUUACAUAAGAUUAGCCACUGCAACAUACUGAAGUGGUUUGAAGAGAACGAAUUGCAAGAAAACUAUAUUGUAAAAAGGAGUGUGUAUCUCCACCAAGAGUUGGAAGCUUUUUGUAUGUUAACUUUUAAAUAAAAAGGUGAUAUAUAUUUUGAUAUAUAUUUUUAAUGUGAAUGAAUUUACAAAAUUCAUUUUAUAAAUUUGUAAAGGCAAUUUUUUUCUGCUUUUAAAGCAUGGUUGCCCAUUUUUUCCUACUGUUUAGAAAAAUAAUGUGACAUCUGUAUAUGAGUGAGAUAUGUUUUUAGGCAGCACAUGUUUAUGUUCAGGUGUAACUGUUUUCAAAUUAAAAAGCAUUAAGUUGUGAAUGGUUUAUCAUUGAGGAUUUCCGGUAACUUUAUUUAUUAUUCUCUUGUGUAUAUAUGUUGACUACUGAUGCUCACAUUAUUAUUUAUACCAUGUUAGGAAAUUCUGCCCUCUUCCUUUCUGAAGCAAUAAAUAACAUAAAAUUAGAAACUC